AUGAUUGCAAGAAAAUCAUUUAAAUUAUUUAAUUUAUAAUCAUAAGUUUAAAAUUAUUUUUCGAAAGUUGCUGCUUUUUCAGAUUUUAAACAAUCCAAAACAUAUUUAGAUAAACUAAAGCCAAGAUUAGCUGUAAUUUAUUUCCAUUCAUCAUGGAAUCCAUUAUGCGAAAAAUAAGAUAAAGAUUUCGAAUAAUUAUCUAAUAAAUUUUAAGAAUAUUAAUUUAUUUCAAUUGACACUGAUAAGGCAAUUCUUGCUAGAAAAUACUUUGGUGUUAAAGUUGAACCAGAAUAUCUACUUUUAUUCCAAGGAUAAGAAAUGAAAAGAUAAACAGGAUAAAACGCUUAAAAAUUAGAAGAAAAGCUUAAAUAAGUUAAAGACUAUGUUUCUAGUUGUGAAUUUCCAAAAGGAACAGAUUAAUACGAAGAGUUUCAUGAAUAAUUCAGAACCGAAUACAAAGAAUUAGAUGAAGAAAUCGAUGAAUGGGUUCGAUGAGUAUCUGAAUAAUAUUAUAUCGAUAUUUUAUUUUUUAUUUACAAUAUAUAAUUUUUAUUUAUUUUUUUAGGUAAAAAAAUAAAAUAAUCAGAAUUUUUU